UCAGAGAUUACAAUGGUUGACACAGAAAUGCCGUUUUGGCCCAUUAAUUUUGGAAUUAGUCCAGUGGAUCUGUCUGCGAUGGAUGAUCAUACACAUUCCUUUGACAUAAAGCCAUUUACCACUGUUGAUUUUUCAAGCAUUUCUGCACCGCACUAUGAAGAUAUUCCUCUUGCAAGAACUGAUCAGACAAGCAUUGAUUAUAAAUACGAUAUCAAGCUCCAGGAUUGCCAAAGUGCAAUCAAAAUGGAGCCUCCUUCCCCACCCUAUUUUUCAGAAAAAGUUCAGUUAUACAAUAAACCUCAUGAGGAGUCUUCCAACUCCCUCAUGGCUAUUGAAUGCCGUGUGUGUGGGGACAAGGCCUCUGGAUUCCAUUAUGGUGUGCAUGCAUGUGAGGGUUGUAAGGGCUUUUUUCGAAGAACAAUCAGAUUAAAGCUAAUUUACGACAGGUGUGAUCUUAAUUGCCGCAUCCAUAAGAAAAGCAGAAAUAAAUGUCAAUACUGCAGAUUUCAGAAAUGCCUUGCUGUUGGAAUGUCACAUAAUGCCAUCAGGUUUGGGCGAAUGCCACAAGCGGAGAAGGAGAAGCUCUUGGCAGAGAUUUCCAGCGACAUCGACCAGUUAAACCCUGAAUCUGCUGAUCUACGAGCACUUGCCAAGCAUUUGUAUGACUCAUACAUAAAGUCCUUCCCUCUGACCAAAGCCAAGGCGAGGGCGAUCUUGACAGGAAAGACGACAGACAAAUCACCAUUUGUUAUUUAUGACAUGAACUCUUUAAUGAUGGGAGAAGAUCAGAUCAAGUGCAAGCACGUGUCACCGCUGCAGGAGGAGAACAAAGAGGUAGCAAUUCGCAUUUUCCAGCGAUGUCAGUUUCGCUCUGUGGAGGCAGUGCAGGAGAUUACAGAAUUUGCCAAGAACAUUCCAGGGUUUGUGAAUCUUGACCUGAAUGAUCAAGUAACUCUCCUGAAAUAUGGGGUCCAUGAGAUCAUAUAUACUCUCCUGGCUUCUCUGAUGAAUAAAGAUGGAGUUCUUAUAUCUGAUGGACAAGGAUUCAUGACACGGGAGUUUCUGAAGAGCCUGAGAAAACCUUUUUGUGACUUUAUGGAGCCCAAGUUUGAGUUUGCUGUGAAGUUCAAUGCACUGGAACUAGAUGACAGUGACCUGGCAAUAUUUAUAGCUGUCAUUAUACUAAGUGGAGAUCGCCCAGGUUUGUUAAAUGUGAAGCCCAUUGAAGAUAUACAAGACAAUCUGUUGCAAGCUUUGGAGCUCCAGCUAAAGUUGAAUCAUCCAGAAUCAUCACAGCUGUUUGCAAAGUUGCUUCAGAAAAUGACGGACCUCAGACAGAUUGUAACGGAACAUGUGCAGCUGUUGCAAAUAAUAAAGAAAACGGAGACAGAUAUGAGUCUUCAUCCACUCCUACAAGAAAUCUAUAAAGACUUAUAUUAA